CCAUCAUUGGAUUUCAGUGCUGCAGAUAAUUUCUUUGCAUCAAGAGUUUUGUCGGAUGUUGCUUAAAUGGGAAAACUUACUAGAGAAAGUCAUAUGCUUCGUUCAAAUUCUAAGCAUCCAUUCUGGGCAAUAUGGGUCCUGGUUAUUCUAGAAUUAGAGCAAGGAAAAUGGAGUUUGUAAUUGCGACUGCAAGUACAGUUGUUGGUGAAAUUGCUAAAACCUUGGUGGCCCCAGUCGGCCGAUCAAUUGGUUACCUAAUUUACUACCAUUGUAACAUCAAGAAUCUGGAAGAGGAGCUUCAGAAACUGGUUGAUAAGAAGAUCACUGGGGUGGACUCACGCGUGGAUGACGUCAAAAGGAACUUGCAAGUUGUUGCUGGUUCUGUAAUUCAUUGGCAAGAGGAAGUGGAUUACAUUGAUCAGAGGGGCAAAGAAUUUCUUGAAAAUGUAAUCAAAGUAAACAACCUAUGUUUUAACGGGCGUUGUCCAGAUCCAACGUCACGUUAUUGCUUGAGCAGGAAAGCCAAGAAGAUGACAGAGAAGGUGCUUGCUCUGCUCGAAGAAGCGGUGAAUUUUGGUCAGAUAGGCUAUCCUGGUCCUCCACCAAAUAUAGGAUCAACCUUCAUCACUGAAGGCAUCAAGGAUUUUGAAUCAAGGCUAUCAAUUAUGAAAGGAGUAUGGGAGGCUUUGAAGGAUGACAACCGGAGCAUGACCGGUAUUUGUGGGAUGGGUGGAGUGGGUGAGAAAGAUACAAUGGCUAGUAGAUUAAACGGCGUGCAGUAGUCACCUCUAAGUUAUUUACAGAAGAUACUCAAAACGCUGCGUUUAGUAAAAGGAAAUUAAGAAAGCAGGCUCUGAAGUUCACAGUAAUGAAGAAUGAAGAAAAUAGCGGGAGAGUUUAUUUACAGAAGAUACUCAAAACGCUGCAUUCAGUAAAAAGAAAUUAAGAAAGCAAACUCUCAGGUUCACAGUAAUGAAGAAUGAAGAAAAUGGCAGGAGAGUUUGUUAUCAAAUGGCUACAGCUAUCAUAGAUGCUUCAAGAAGUAGUU